AUGGAUCUGGGUCGAAGUUCCUCGUCGAUGCGGGCGCGACCAACGUCGCAUUCGCAAGACAUGGGCAUGAAGUCUCGAAAGGAGAAAAGCCGUACCUCUGAUUCGAUGCCAGAAAAGGAGCGCGAAUCACUUGGCUCGCUGCGUGAGACAGGCGAUGUAGCUACUCCAGUUUCACCGCCGCCGGUGGUAACACGCACUGAGUUUUUCGUGCUUGGUAUUCUGACAUUGAUCGCCCUGGUGGUGCGCUUUUACCAUAUCGAGCGGCCGAGUAGUGUUGUCUUUGAUGAAGUGCACUUCGGCGGUUUUGCAUCCAAGUACCUGUCACGGAAGUUCUUUAUGGAUGUGCAUCCACCCCUGGCCAAGUUGCUUAUCACAUUCGCUUCGUGGCUCCAUGGCUUUAAGGGAAAUUUCGACUUCUCAGAGAUCGGGAACGAGUAUCUGAUGGGAGCAGACCAAGAGCCUGUGCCGUACAUUGCGAUGCGCAGUGUUAGUGCUUUGUUCGGCACUCUGACUGUGCCUCUGGCAUACCUGACGCUGCGUGCGCUGGCGCUGCGCCCAGCAUCGGCGCUUCUUGGCUCUUUGCUUGUGAUAUUUGACAAUGCACUGACGACGCAGUCGCGCCUGAUUCUGCUGGAUGCGCCGCUUGUCUUUUUCGUCGCAGCGUCCUUGUGUGCAUGGACCGUAUUCUGCCAACUGGACGCGCACCGUCCGUUCUCGCGGCCGUGGUGGUUGAUGCUCACACUGACGGGCCUCGCGUUGGGACUCGGUCUCAGCUGCAAGUGGGUCGGCCUCUUCACCGUUGCAAGUGUCGGUGUGGCUGUGAUUGUGCAGCUUUGGUACCAUCUCGGCAAUCUGCGCAUGCCGAUCCAGACGCUGGCUCGGCACUUUAUGGCCCGCGCUUUGUGCCUGAUUGUAGUCCCGAUUGUUGUCUAUAUGUCGAUGUUUGCUGUGCACUUCCGUGUGCUGAGCAAGUCGGGUGAAGACGACGGGUUCAUGAGCUGGCGAUUCCGCCAAACUCUCAAGGGCAAUCAGGUCCCUGACACGUAUGCGGACGUAGCUCUGGGCUCGACUGUGACCAUCAAGCACCUGAACACGUUGGGUGGUAGCCUGCAUUCGCACCAUCACUCCUACCAGUCCGGCAGUUUCCAGCAGCAGAUCACGCUGUAUCCGUUCAUGGAUGAGAACAAUGAAUGGAUUAUCAUUAAAGCGCCUGGCCAGGACGAUUACGUCAAGAAGGCUGAUGGUCAUUCCAUCACACCCGACGACGAGUACACACGCUUUUACCAGAAUGUGACAUACCUGAAGGAUGAUGACAUGGUCCGUCUACUGCACAAGCAGACGAUGGUCCGUCUUCACUCGCACGGCAACCACAGGCCGCCGAUUAGCUCGGGUGACUAUCAAAAUGAGGUGUCCGGCUACGGAUUCCCAGAAGAGAGGUUCGGUGGUGACUUUAACGACAACUGGAUCGUCGAGAUCUACAAGCAGCCACCGGGCCUCCGCUUCGCCGACAAGAAGCGACCUAUUACGCUACGAACCAUCUUCCGUCUGCGCCACGCGAACCUUGGUUGCUACCUGUACUCGCACAAGGUUUCGCUGCCGGACUGGGCGUUUGAUCAGCAGGAGGUGACGUGCAAUUCAAGUCCACCACUGCAGAACUCGCUCUGGUACUUCGAGACAAGUGAGCAUCCCAAGUUCAAUGCCAAGACGCCUAGAAUCAACUACAAGAACCCCAGCUUCCUGGAAAAGUUCAUCGAGCUACACAAAGUUAUGUGGGAUAUCAACAGCCACCUCACUGAGCCACACGUGUACGAGUCACGACCCUCGACUUGGCCAUGGCUACGUCGCGGUAUCAAUUUCUGGACAAAGAACCACCGCCAAGUGUACCUAAUGGGCAACCCGGGCAUCUGGUGGUCCGUCCUCGGUAGUGUACUACUGUAUGCGGGUGUGCGUGUCCUGUUGAUCUUGCGGGCCCAGCGUGGAUACAACGAUUUCACCCAUACAACCGUCGUCAAGUACGACCGGAUUUGCGGCUUCCUUGCUGUUGCGUAUGUUGCCCACUAUGCGCCCUUCUUCCUGAUGAAGCGCCAGUUGUUUAUCCAUCAUUACCUUCCUGCUUUGUACAUCGGCAUCCUGCUUACGGCUUCGAUCUUUGACUUUGGCACAACGCGCGUGCGUCCCAUGUUCCGCUUGUAUGCGGCCCUUGCACUUGCCAUUGGUGCCGGUGUGCUAUUCGCCCGGUAUUCGCCCAUCACGUAUGCAUCGCGCUGGACAAAUAUGGCAUGCGGCGAUGCCAUCUGGCUUGACUCCUGGGACUUCAACUGCGUAGAAUUCCCCCAGGACAUUCAUGAGUAUGCCACGUAUGAUCCAGUCGUCAACCGCCCUGAUGGUCGCGGUGCGCAGGACGAGGACGCGGCGUGGCCGUUCAAGCUUGACCGAGUCCUACCUCAGCGCCUGUUCCCUGCACAUGUGACGAAGCAAGCCAAGGCGACGCAUGGUGCCGCUGCUGUCACAUCGUCGGCCUCUGUCCCUGCCGAAGAGACCUCGUCCGCGAACAGCGCUGGCAACGAUCUGCCCAAUGUCAGUGGUCUGGACCAAGCACAACGGCAACAGGCCGUCCUCAUAGGGCACAGGCGCGCUCCAAAAGUCUGA